GUAGAAAAAUUGAGAAUAAUGGAACUGCGAGUGUAAAGAAAGAGAAAUUAACAGUUAUGGAUAAUUUGGGAUCGAUCCCAGAAAAAUGGUUGCAAAUUUUACCUCCAUUCGAUCCUGCAGCAAGUCCAACAGUAUCAGCAAAAUGCCGCUCUCAGAGUAAGAAAUACUUGGCAGCAUUGCAAAAUUUUGAGUUUUGGGCACUGAAAAUGCAUGAUGCUUCGGGAAAAUUAUCCUCUGGAAUUCUUAAUGGUAAUAUCAACCAAUUCGGAGACUUUGAUCAGUGCCUAAAUAUUGAGUCAGAAACGACGACUGGACAAUAUUUUAAUAUUAAAACAGCACAUGAAGAUGCUAUACAAGGAAAAUAUUGUUUAGCAUAUUUAGAAAUAAAAUUGCCGCAAAAUCUCUUGCCAGGAAAUGAGAAACUUGCAAAAUUGCACAAAUUGGUACAGAGUCAUUAUGCUUUUCAAAGCCGUUUGGAGGACCCAGGACACAGAGUCCCCAGAUUUUCCCAAACAGGUUGGGCUUUAUGUGUGCCAAAUGCGUGUACAUCAAAUGACGUAGAAGCUUCAUUAGCUACAUCAAUCCGACCAUAUGCUGAAAACACGGGUCUUAGAAUUAGGGUGCGUGUUGACCCUGAAAUGUGCCAAACCAGAAAUAUGAUAGACAACGAUCGCGAAAAGGGAGAAUGGACUAGAGGAAACAUACUAGCCUGGAUAUUUUUUGCAUUCAUAAUAUCAAUUACAUUCGUCUCCACCGUAUACGACCUUAUGACCGAAAAUCCAAAUGAGUUGUUGGUAUCAUUUUCCUUAUAUAAAAAUGGUCUCCAAGUGAUUGCAACAAAGAAACCAAAUGAAUCUUCAGAAAUUCAUGCAGCUCAUGGCAUAAGAUUUUUGAACGCCUUCAUGCUUAUUAUAUCGCAUAAGUCUCUCGCCUUAUUUUUUAUUCCUUAUGUAAAUAGAACGGCUAUGGUUGAGUAUAUUGGAAAACCCUGGACAGUUAUUGGCAGAGCUGCCAGUUUGUACACAGAUCCAUUCCUGAUGCUCAGUGGUCUUUUAACCACAUACGCUUUACUAGGAAGACUGAGACGUGGGGACAAAGUCAGUAUUUUAGGUGAAUAUGCUUCUAGAUUACUCAGGAUAGCACCAGGACUUGGAGCAUUAAUAUUAUUUUGCACGCAUGUUUUACCAUAUUUGGGUUCGGGACCUCAAUGGGGUCUUGUGGUCACACAUCACGCAGAUAUAUGUAAAAAGAACUGGUGGAGAAAUAUGUUGUUCAUACACAAUUAUUUUGGAUUUGAAAACAUGUGCCUCACUCAUACGCACCAUGUAGGCAUUGACACGCAGCUAUUUUUUGCAGCUGUUCCAAUAAUUUUUUAUCUAUACCGAUGGCCCAAAGGCUUUACUACAAUUUUACUAACCUUAGCAAUUGUAUCGACUAUGGGAAGAUAUUAUGUAACAGAAACAAGGAAACUUAGUAAUUAUAUAUAUUUUGGAACUUCAGUUUCGAGAUUAUUUCAAACAGCUAAUAAUAUGUACACUCUACCAGCCCAUCGAGCGACGGUGUACAUAAUAGGUGUCCUACUUGCUCUAGUAUUGAAAAUGGAUAAACCCAUCACUUUCACAAAGCAACAAUUGAAAAUAGGUUGGACAGUGGCGACUUCGUUGCUUUUGAUGUCAUUCUUAGGGCCUUCGCCUAUGGGUUCCCUAAGUUACAAAUAUGACCCUACGCACGCUGCUAUUUACGCAGCCCUGGCGCCUGUGGCUUGGUGUGCCUUCUACGCAUGGAUAAUACUAACUUCUCAUCGGGGCUACCCAAGUGUAAUAGCAAGGAUAAUGUCCUGGCGUGGUUUUCAAGUUGCCACUCGGCUAUCAUACUCAAUUUACCUCACACAAUUUCCAGUAUUUUUCUAUAACGUUGGGCAAACGCGGAACGCCCAAUAUUAUGAAUUCUUCAGCAUGAUGUUUAAUCUACAUGAAUUGGGAUGGAUGGUUGUGUGCUCAGUACUGUUGACUUUGCUAUUCGACAUACCCUUCCAAAAUAUUAAGAAAGCCAUAUUUCCUAGGAAUACAUCUGCUAAAAAAUCAACGACUGUCGAAGUAAAAAAUCAUGUAAAAUCGGAAUAA